GUGUCCCACCUAGAAAGAGAUGGGGACAAAAUUCCUUGCUAUAGUGUUGGUGUGUUUGUUUCAAUACAAGCAAAUUAAUGCCCAGGAAUGUCACUGUCAAUCAAUUGGUGAUGGGCAUUACAAGCAGUUUGAUGGGAAUGUGGUGAACUACCAAGGUGACAGCGAGUAUUACCUCGCAAAGACAUGCGACGGCGCGGGCGGGGUAGAACCUUUCGCCAUUUCGGCCAAGAGAGGCGCGUUCGUUGAGCUUCAGGUUUACGGCCACGUAGUCCGCCUGUUGCGAGAUGUGGACACUGGGAGUGAUUACUGUUUGGUGGACAAUAUAGCCUACAAAGGAUGGCCAGUUGUGUUGAAUGCUGGUAUUGGAAAGACUAUCAAAGUUGAACUUCAACCGAACUUGCGUCUUCGUGUUUCCACCGACUCUGGUAUAUCAGUCUCAUUUGAUCCCGAACUUACUAGCAUAGAUAUUCCAGCUGCCAGCUAUAGUGGGAGCGGAAUAUUGUGUGGUGUAUGUGGAAACUGCAAUGGUGUGGCUGACGACUAUGUGCUUCCAGAUUCAACUGAUAUAUCUGGUAUUGUGGAUGAAGCCCUCCGAGAUGCUACUCUUUGUGAUGGAUGGAGUGUGUCUGAUCCCAGUGGACAACCAGUACCUGACCCACCUGGAGUUUAUUCAGAUGCUGAAAAAACAGCUGCUGCACAGGACAGCUACUGCGGCCUCAUCAACAAACCAGGCUCCUUUUUUGACAGCUGUAGACAGAACAGCGGGAUUGCCUUUGCCGAAUACUACCAGUCUUGUGAAGCUGAUGUGUUGAGGAGAUUAGCUCAGGAUCCCAAUGGGGCUCAGCAUGCUGCUUGCAUAGUCUUGGAGGCUUUGGUGGAGGGUUGUAAAUAUGCUGGCGAGCCUGUUGACAUCGAGUGGAGAAGUUCUGCACUGUGUCCAUUGGACUGCAGGGGGAUGACCUAUUCCUCAAGUCUCCCAGGGUGCCCAGAAACAUGUGCUUCUCAACUUUCGGGCGAGGUUUGCACCAAACCUCCCACAGAGGGGUGUACUUGUGGUGUGGGUUUGUUAAUAGAAGUGGACAUCAACCAUCAGCUGACAUGUGAUCAUGGGAGCAUGUGUGACUUUAAUUGUGUUGAAAACAGAGGAGGACCAUAUGAUGGAACUUACAGAAAGUUCCUUCAACAAUGGACUGUGGAUUGUGCAACAAUGGAGAGUUAUACGUGUUACCAGAACAAUAUCUACCCAAUGACUGUGGUAUGUCCUGAACAUUCAACAUGUCAGGUGAACUUUGGUAUACGGAAAUGUUACUGUGAUAUAGAUUAUGUUAUGACCACAGAUAACACUUGUACAUAUUUAGGUCCUGAUCUUUGCCAAGAUGUUGUAUGCCAAAAUAAUGGUGUCUGUCUGAAGGAAACUGGUACCUGUAGUUGUCACCUUGGAUUCACAGGAGGAGUAUGUGAAACAAACAUUGAUGAUUGUGAAAAUGAACCUUGCCUAAAUGAUGGCAAGUGCAUUGAUGAAGUCAAUGAUUUUACUUGUUUAUGUGCCAAUGGUUUCACUGGGGAAAUUUGUGAAACAAAUAUUGACGACUGUGUGAACUCUCCAUGUUUGAAUGGUGGAUCCUGCAUAGACAUGGUUGCUGAUUACCAGUGUGAUUGUCUUCAUGGAUUUAGUGGAAGAAAUUGUGAGAUACAUGAGACACCCUGCACUUGCUUUGUAGCGGGAGAUCCUCAUUUUUACUCGUAUGAUGGGUCUUGGAUUCACUUCCAAGGUACUUGCAAGUACAGGUUGACAAAGAACACCAAUGCCGGGUUGAAAGACUUUGAUAUCUUUGUUCAAAAUGAGCAUCGCCAUAAUAUCACAGGUGUGUCCUGGGUCCACAGUGUGGAGAUUCACGUAUAUGGUCAUGUCAUAAUCAUAGGGGACAAGGUUCAGGUGGAUGGAGUGAUCAUCAAUUCUCUCCCAUACCUCCUCAAUGGCAGUCCAGGUUACAUUGACAUCACUCCAGGAAAGACCAUUCAGCUGAAGACAGAAAUGUUCAUGGUGGCUGUGAGUGGAGGAGAUGCAGUCCGAGUUGAAGUGUCACGUGAUUACAGUGGCCAUCUGAAAGGAAUCUGUGGAGAUUGUAACGCUGAUCCAUCGAACGACUAUGUGACAAGCAAUGGAUUUGACGUCAGUGGUUACCCUCCAAAUGUCAGGGAUGUCAUUGUGGGAAACAGUUUUAAAGUGCAAGAUAUUCCAGGAUGUGUGGAUGGUGACGUAAAUGAUGGGGCCAUAUGCACGUCAGAAGAAAUGGCGCUGGUUGAAAGCCUAGACUACUGUGGUGCUAUCAAUGAUGUCAAUGGUGUGUUUGGUGAUUGCAUCAGCACAGGGCGUCUGAAUAAUUUCUUCGAACCAUGCCGUAUGGAUGUAUGUGCAGUAUUGAAUCUAAGUCCAGAUUUAGCCAAGACAACUGCCUGUGUUAUUCUCAGCACAGUUGCAGAUAUGUGUUCCCAGAUACUUCCCUACCAGUCACCUGAAUGGCGCACUGUGUUGAACUGUGAACUCCCUUGUGGUGAGAAUGAGCACUAUGAAGCUGUGGGGCCUGGUUGCCCAGCAACCUGUGUAAAUAGGAAUCCUCCUUCCAACUGCAAUCCCAACACUACUGAGGGCUGCUUCUGUAAUGAUGGAUAUCUUUGGAGUAGCAACAAGUGUGUACUGGUCAAAGAUUGUGGCUGUUUAGAUGACAUGGGGAACUAUAGACAGGCUGGUGAGAGCUGGAUUAAUGAUGACUGCAGUAUCAAGUACGAAUGCCAAGGGGAUGAGAACAUUGUUUCCACGCCUGUUGCCUGUGACAAAAAUGCUGACUGUGGUCUCUUCAAUGGUAAACAGGGCUGUCAGUGUAGGGAAGGAUACAAAGGAGAUGGAUUUAACUGCACAGAUAUUGAUGAAUGUGGUGGACCAAGUGAUGAUUGUGCUCAAAUCUGUAUCAAUGUUCCUGGCACCUUUAAUUGUGCUUGUAAUAAUGGAUUUACACUUAAUACUAACCUGAAGGAUUGUGAUGAUAUUAAUGAGUGUCUGCAACCAGACAAUGGUGGCUGUAACCAGCACUGUACCAAUACAAUUGGAAGCCGUACCUGUAGUUGUGAUGAUGGCUACUUCCUAGACAUGGCUGACCAUGCCACAUGCAAAGAUAUUGAUGAAUGCAAAGACAACAAUGGCGGCUGUGAGCAGGUGUGCACCAACAAAGUGGGCACAUUCGAGUGCUCCUGUAAUACAGGCUAUGUGUUGAGAUCUGAUGGGGCAAAUUGUGAUGAUAUCAACGAAUGUGCAACACUCAAUGGUGGUUGUGACCAUACUUGUGAGAACUCUGUGGGCAGCUACCAGUGCAAGUGCCACAAGGGUUACAUGCUGCUGGAAGAUGAACACAUGUGUAAAGACAUUGAUGAGUGUGCUACUGACAAUGGAGGUUGUAACCAGACAUGCAAAAAUACAGAAGGUGCCUACUACUGUAGCUGUCAUGAUGGCUUCACUAUGGAUGCAGAUGGGAAAAACUGCAACAACAAUGAUGAGUGCCUCAUUGAUAAUGGAGGCUGUGCGCACACCUGUCAGGAUACAUAUGGAGGAUAUGUGUGUAGCUGUGACGAUGGCUAUUCACUUGGACAUGACAGUCAUGGCUGUGAAGACGUGGAUGAGUGCACAUGGGAACCUGCUGUAUGUGAACAAAUCUGUAAUAAUACUGAAGGAUUCUAUAAAUGUGACUGUUUCGAUGGCUACAGACUCAAUGCUGAUGGAGAACACUGUGAUGAAAUCAAUGAAUGUGAAGAGGAACCACUGCCAAAGUGUGAGAAUGGUGGCACAUGUGUGAACAAGAUCAACGAUUAUGACUGUAAUUGUACCACGGCUCCAGGAUUCACAGGGGAGCACUGUGAAAUAAAUAUUAAUGAUUGUCUUGGUGUGAUUUGUCUGAAUAGUGGAACUUGUGUUGAUAAAAUUCAGGACUACACUUGUGAAUGCAUCCAUGGCUUUACUGGAAAACACUGUGAAACAAAAUAUAAAUAUAAUACAAUGAUGAGUGCCUCAUUGAUAAUGGAGGCUGUGCACACACCUGUCAGGAUACAUAUGGAGGAUAUGUGUGUAGCUGUGACGAUGGCUAUUCACUUGGACAUGACAGUCAUGGCUGUGAAGACGUGGAUGAGUGCACAUGGGAACCUGCUGUAUGUGAACAAAUCUGUAACAAUACUGAAGGAUACUAUAAAUGUGACUGUUUCGAUGGCUACAGACUCAAUGCUGAUGGAGAACACUGUGAUGAAAUCAAUGAAUGUGAAGAGGAACCACUGCCAAAGUGUGAGAAUGGUGGCACAUGUGUGAACAAGAUCAACGAUUAUGACUGUAAUUGUACCACGGCUCCAGGAUUCACAGGGGAGCACUGUGAAAUAAGUAUGGAAUUAUUUGAUCUCAUGUUUACGUACCAUGUUAACA